AGAGAUACAUUCCCCUUUGGAGGUAGUAACCGCUUGUCUCAAUGCUGGGACGCACUUAGUGUAAAGACCGUGCAGGUGCACAAUUGCGAAGUGCAGAUGUCCACUGAUCACGAUCAUCUCGACACCAUAAUCCACAACUACUGGGAAGAUAUCGUGAGCACCGUCGGUGCAGAGCAUGUCAUUCCCAAUCUCCGUCGAGUUAUCAACGCUGAGGAAGCGGAAGAAGUGCAGAAUCAAUCGCGAUUUCCAACGAGGCGAAGUCGAACCAACUACCUUUUGGACCUUCUGGAGAAGAGGAGCGACGGCUGGACUCAUUUUGUCAUCGCAUUGCGCAAUCUGUACCCAUCGCUUUACACCAAGAUUGUUGACGACUACGUAAAGGUCUUCACCAGGCAGCAGACAGGACAUGUACUCGAAGAUCAUCCUGCUAACCCUGAUCGGAACUCGGAAUAUUCCUGCCUAUUGAUCCACUUGCUCAGAGAUCUUGAAGAGAAACUAGAAAAGAGCGAAGCUAAUCUGGAGAAGGAACGAGUGGAGCAUGCUGUGACCAGAGAAGCAUGUCAGGUUACUCUCAGAGAAAGAAGCGAAGCUCAGAGAGACAUUGAAAUGGCGGACACAGAUUGCCAGAAAUUUCAACAGCAACUCGCUGCUUGUCAAGAGCAACUGGCAUAUCAUCAAUCGGGCCAUGCUGACAUGAUCUGUGCUCGAAAUGCAGCACUACAGAUGAGGGAUGAAGUUCAGGAUAUGCUGAGAAGUAAGAUCACAGAAGUACAUCAACUUCAAACAGACUUACAGAUACUUGAGGAUGAGAAACGUGACAGUUUAAGACGCCUGAGUUUGGCAGAGGCUUGUAAUAGUCAAUCGAACACCGAGAUCCAAGCUGAGCACUUCAAACAGCAGCUGGUUGAACAGCAGCGUCUAGUACUAGACUUGCAGUUGCAAGUUGCAAAACUCAAGGACAGACUCAACAAGAAAAGUUUGCUUCUCAACGGGAGCGGGGAUCUCGAUCGGGAUUCAGAAUCACCAGUCUUUUGUAGAAAUAAUUCAACAUUCGGAAGUGCAAUCACAGAUCAGUCCUCUGUAUAUUUGGUUGAGCUUGACUGCAGUGCAAGUUCCCAUGGAAUUGAGGUAUCAGGAACAGCAAUUGUAGACAAAAUUAUGUGUGACUCACCAGCAUAUCAACAAGGUCUGGUCCACGAGGGUGAUACCAUUAUGAAGGUCAAUGACGUUGACAUUGAAAGCAGACUCUCAGCAUUUGCAAACGAUUUGAUGAGAUCAUCAGGCAUAGUUCAGCUCCAGAUUGGUCGUCCAUUAUUGGGAUCCGUCUUGUCGAGACAUCUAUCAGGUGCAUCUAGAACAUCUAUGGGUGCACUGUCACAAAGAAAGUUGUCCAGAGGAUCGAGUGUCAGUCAGUCUGCGUCAUUUUCUGCUUAUUAUAGUGGAGGAAAGCAAUGCUUUCGACAGUACCAUGAGUAUGAUGUAGGGGUCCAUACCUCUCGAUCUCUACAUUCAUUGCCAGAGGCAACUUUGUCUUCAGCUAUGGAACCGCAUGCUACAAGGCGAACAAGUUUUUGCAAAAAUGGGAUAAUGCUGACAAGGUUGAACAGAGACAACUCUCCAGAGAAUUUGUCGAGAAGUCUUACUGCUGUACACGAACCUUGUUGUGACAGUGAGACUUAUCAACAGUUGACAUCUACACCAGCAUGGAGUACCGGUUCCAGGAGAGGUCAAAACUGUACUUCUGCCAACAAUGGUACAUCAUCUCCACUAAAGAACAGACGCAGUGGUUUACUCACAUGCCAGGGUGCUAAAUCCGAUGCACUCGGUACCAUUCCCACAGCAGGUUUAGAACCAAACUUUCCUGUUUCAACAACUACAAAGGAAUGUCCUAAGUCAGAAGGCGAUCUAAUUAACCAUCUGGAUAUUAAACACACAGCAAGCAAUAUUGAAAGAUCAGUAGUUGUGGGAGAAAGCGGAUUUCAUCCUGCCAUACAAAUUGUGGGAGGUCUAGGAAGAGGUAUUUUUGUGACAGGAGUAACAGGAAACGUCAUUCAUGGUGAUUUAAAUGAGGGUGAUCAGAUAAUCAAACUUAAUGACGAAAACUUUGUGGAUGUUACACAUGCCCAAGCUGUACAAGCAAUUGCAACAGAGGGCAAGUUGACAGCUGAAGUGGUAUACAAUCUGUCUGGCUAUGGUGAUGUCAUUGAUUGCAACUUUGGAAAUCAGGAUUCAUUUUAUGUCAAAGCUUUGUUUACCUACAAUUCCCAUGGACCGUACGAACACGGGUUUGAUUCGGGAACAGUAUUCCAUGUUGUUAGAACUUUAGUACCUGACCAGAAUGAUUGCUGGGUGGCUUACACUGUCAACCGCUCAGGAAAUGACACAAAUUCGGAGAAGAUGCUUCCAUCUCUGUCAAAAGCUGCUGAGCUGCACAGAACAGCUGCUAGUGUUAGCGAACCUACAAAGAUUAUAAGAGGUGUUCUGACUGGCUGGAAGCGACAUUCGCUAAAAAGGAAGGCUACAGCUGCGGCUGCAGAUACUAUAGAACAAGGCUCGGAGUUUGACAGAACUCAAUGGGGGUAUGAAUUCGUGAAGCAGUGUAAAGUGGUGACAGCCAGACCCGUUAUGUUGCUUGGAGUUCUUACUGUACCCAUCUCGGAACAACUACUGGAAUCACAUACACCACAAUUCAUCAAGUGCAAACUGUCUAGCAUAACAAGAAUAAGCCACCUGGCUUCCAACGAAUUGUAUUGUAUUGUUGAAAGUGAUCCUGGCUGUAUCAGCAAACUACACGAACAGCAUUUACAUCCGAUAGUCAUCUUUAUUACAACCAAGAGCAGGAAACAUAGCAAAUCUUUUUUGCCGUCUGGUGUUAGCCGUCAUGAGUUGGAAAGUCAAAUUGAUGCAGCUGAGACCAUGAAAAAGCAUUAUGGCCACGAAUUUUCAGCUCAUGUGACAAUCACUUCUUUGGUGGAUUUGACGGAAACCGUUCGUUCCAUCAUUCGAAUAGUCGAAGACCAGCAAGAGAACAUUGUUUGGGAUGUGAAUAAUUUAGAAUACACGACCUAACAAGGAAAUGCUACAACUAGGUAUAUAUGCAUUGAUUAUGCAUGUAAGUAUGUGUCUAUAUACUUUAAUAUAUCUCUGGGGGUCAGAUGGA